GCAAUAGCCUACCGAGUAGAGUGCUGGUGAGAUGCGAUAAUACCCUGCGUAUUAACACCCUGAACCCGCACCAGCUCUGACAUCGCGUUUGUACGCAUUAUAUUGCUGUGGAUUUUCAGGUCAAGAAGCAGCAGAAUAUAUAGCUUACUUUUUUCCAUUGAUCUGGUCUUGGAGAGGCAUAACGCACGGUUAAUGAACAGGACUGAGUGACAUGCGUGCGUCUCCGUAACUGUGACGAGGAUACAAACUUUCCUACAUUUGACACGGGGCAAAGUUUAUGUCAGUGACUCGGGUUUAGACAAGUUGGAGUGAAGCAUUAUCUCGUCUUCUUUUCAACACCAUUUAAAGAACGACUGUGCAAGAAAACUUUCCAAAAGUUGGUUGAGAUUUAUAUGUUUAUUUGCGGCAUCUGAGGGAAAAGUGGUGGACUCCUGUCCACAAGAGAAUCGCAAGCUGAGGGCGAUUUAGCCGAGAAGAAACUUGCAAGCUGUUCUUUAGGAUCAAGCUAAACCGAAAUUGUGGAUGAUACAUUUUUUCAUUUAGGUCGAAAUUAAUUCCACAUACGAAUAAAAAUGGAUCUUAAAUGCUUGGGCUUGGCGGCGCUUUUCCCUAUACAGAUCGUUUAUUACAUACUUAAAGCAAGUGUGUGCUUGUUGCUACCGAGCAAACGGAAGGACUUGAGCGGCGAGGUCGUGUUGAUCACCGGCGGUGGAAGGGGCAUCGGUCGUCACCUGGCAAAGGAAUUUGCGAAGCAAGGAGCAAAAAAGGUGAUCCUGUGGGGCCGCACGGAGAAGUGUCUGAAGCAGACGUGUGAGGAGAUCUCGCUCGCCGGCACAGAGUGCCACUACUUCAUCUGCGACGUGGCCAACCGCGAGGAGGUCUACCAGCAGGCCAAAGUGGUCCGGGAGAAGGUGGGGGACGUGAGCGUGCUGGUGAACAACGCCGCAGUGGUCCAUGGGAAAAGCCUGUUGGACAGCGAUGAUGACGCCUUGCUGAAGUCGCAGCACGUGAACACCCUGGGGCAGUUCUGGACCACCAAGGCCUUCCUGCCCAGGAUGCUGGAGCUCCAGAGCGGCCAUGUUGUGUGCAUCAACUCCAUCCUGUCGCUCAGCUCCAUCCCGGGGGCCAUAGACUACUGCACCUCCAAGGCGGCCUCCUACGCCUUCAUGGAGAGCCUGACGCUGGGCCUGCUGGACUGCCCGGGCGUGGGCUGCACCACCGUGCUGCCCUUCCACACCAACACCGAGAUGUUCCAGGGCAUGCAAGUCAGGUUUCCUCAGCUCUUCCCUCCCCUGAAGCCGGACAUGGUGGCCCAGAAGACCGUAGACGCCGUCAGGAGCAACACGGCCUUCGUGUACCUGCCCUGGACCAUGCACGCCCUCGUCAUCCUCAAGAGCAUCCUGCCUCAGUUCGCUCUGGAAGAGAUUCACAAGUUCACCGGGAGCUACACCUGCAUGAACACGUUCAAGGGGCGAACAUAGGCGUAGUUCGGGAGGACCGGCAGCUCGUGAUAGCGACACCGAGAACACUCGAGAGACUUUAUCGGACUUGGACAAUCUAAAGCGGGGCGACGUGAGAUUAGCCGCUCUAGCCAGGGCUCCAGGAGACGGGGACGGAGGCCAACGCGACGGCAUUCGACGCGACUCCAGAGUCGCCUGGACCGAACCACCUCCAGCGUUUUUAGUUUCCUCCGUGAAGAGACUCUGAUCAAACCUCUGCACCGUGCCUUUGACGACAAACUCACUUUCCCGUCGAAGGGUCGGAACCAGUAUCCUACUGGUUAAUGGUGGAAGGGGCUAGAGCUUAGAACCUCCUGCAGCCACCGUGAGAGCUGAACUCAAACAGGACCAGUUCUGUGGAUUCCAUUUCCUUGUUUUUCUUAGGUAGGGUUUUCAUGUUUGAAUUUUUUUUUGA